AUGGUUUACUACUUCACUCUUGCAGCCGAUCCGUCGGUCAUAUGCUACAUGGGUCGUGACAAAUACGAAAACGAGAAAUUAAUUAAAUACGGAUGGCCGGAAGAUAUUUGGUUUCACGUUGAUAACCAUAGCAGUGCUCACGUUUAUGUGCGUAUGCCAAAGGGUAAAGGUUUAGAUGAUUUAACCCCUGCGAUCAUUGAAGAAUGCUCUCAGCUCACCAAGGCGAACAGCAUUGAGGGUUGUAAGCUUAACAACGUACGAGUUGUGUACACGCCCUGGAGUAACUUACACAAAACAGAUGGCAUGGAAGUGGGGCAGGUGGGGUUUCACAAAGAAUCUCUCCGCCGGUACCAUACCGUUGAAAAAAAAAACAAUGCUAUGUUGAACAAACUGGAAAAAACAAAAGUCACGAAAGACGACGUUGAUUUCCAAACUUUAAAAGACGAACGGGAUGCGGAGGAGAGACGAGAGAAGCGACAGGCUUUAGCAGCCCAACAACAGCGCGAAAAAAAAGAAGCUGCGGCUCGGAAGAAGGCCGAAGAACUACGCUCGUACGCGUCGCUUAUGGUUGAGUCGAAGAUGCGAACAAAUCAGGAACAUAUUCCAGAUGAAGAUGACUUCAUGUGA